CAAGAACCUAGUCCAAGAUCUGUCCCCCUGAGCCGCGCCGUCCAAACACCUGAAAUCGAAAAGACAUUUGUUAACAUGGAAGCUUCAAAUAUGCCCCUCACUAUCUCAUGCCAUUGCGGCGCUGCCCGGCAGACUCUAGCGCCCCUUGCCAACCAAGACCUCUUUUCCGGCGCGUCAUUCUGCCACUGUGACACCUGCCGUCACAUCACAGGCCUUCUGUGCACUUCUUAUACCCCUAUUUCGCCGCACCCUGCUCCAUCCAUCGUCGGCUUGGAGAGCUAUUCCACCUCGCCCAUAUCAAUCCGGUACUUCUGCUCGAAAUGCGGAUGCCACGUCUUCCGGAUCACCCGCCGCUCUCCAUCCGCGCUCCCUGAGGACUGGUCAUGGGAGGUAGCUACGGGAACUAUCAUCGACGCCCCAAACUCCAAGAUACCCGAGCAAUGGCACCACUUACAUGUCAACGACACCAGAGACGGUGGCCUAGCACUAUGGCUCCCGAACCCGCCUCCCAUCACCACCUCACCAACCCCGCCUUCCCAGCCUGAGCACAGCAGCAACAACAACAACAGCAGCAGCAGCAGCAGCAUCCUUUCCGCCUCAUGCCAAUGCAAAUCCAUCUCACUCCAAAUCACUCCUCCGUCCUCAGAUCUUUCCGUCAAUCCAGACUCGCCUUACCCCGACCUCCUCCUACCAUACAUCAGCACCCCAUCCGACGAGGUGGCCAACCCUUCCCGCGAGAAAUGGUACCUUCGCCCUUCCCCUUCCCCCUCAUCCGUCACUACUACCCACGACAGUCCCGAGUCGACCACAGACCCUCUAUCCCAGCCCGACUCCAACGCGACCAGCACACGGUAUCUAGCAGGAACAUGCGCCUGCCCAAGCUGCCGCCUGACGUCGGGCUUCGAGAUUCAGACAUGGGCCUUCAUCCCGCGCCGGAACAUCCUCAUCUCCUCCUUCUCCUCCUCCUCCUCGUCUCCCGAGUCGACCGAGCACCACCACCACCAGCCCCUGGACUUCGCCCAUCUACCCGAAGAAGGGGUGUCGCUGCUGCGACAGUACGAGUCGUCCGCAGGGCGGAUGCGGGAGUUCUGCGCGCGCUGCGGCGCGACUGUCUUCUGGCACGACCGGUUCCGGCCUGAUCUGAUCGACGUCAGCGCUGGGCUAUUUUGGGCAGGAGAAGGUGCGAGGGCAGAAAGCUGGCUCGAGUGGUGGCGGGGACGAGUCAGUUUCUCGGAGGAGGCUGGGAAGGGAAGGGAAGGAGGGGCGAAGGUUUGGGGUGAGCGCAUCGUUGUGGAGUUGGAGGGCAGGUUAAGUGCGCGGCAACAUCAGUGAGAACGAGAGAAAGCGGCUGGGGAGAAUCAGAAAUGUGUUUGAAAGGCCACGAGACCCAUCUAUGAAUGGUAUAUGCUCUCUCAUAUAGGCGCAUAAUGCCGGACAUAUAAGAUGACUCGUCAACGUCCGAUCCCAGGCCAUAGGAGUACAUACAGCGAGUGGAUAAACAUGAUGGAUCGACAUGCCAAAAUUCUCCAACUGAUGUAAGCGUCCCUGAUCCGCAC